AUGGCAUCGUCGAUAUCAUUGAAACGUGAAGUUCAUGCAUCGGAUAAUGGAAAUCGUGUUCAACCAACUGAUGAGAUAAUGGCAUCUAAUCAAACAAUAGAAACUGGUGAUGCGCGUCAAUCAGCAAAUGAUGGUAUAGGUGCUUGUGGAUGGAUAUUAGUUAUUAUUUCAUAUAUUUUGAUCGUUAUUACAUUUCCAUUAUCGUUAUGUGCUUGCAUCAAGGUUGUUCAAGAAUAUGAACGAGCUGUUAUUUUUCGUCUCGGUCGAAUUCUACCAGGUGGUACCAAAGGUCCAGGCCUAUUUGUUAUUUUACCAUGUGUUGAUACAAUGGAGAAAGUUGAUCUAAGAACAAUAACAUUUGAUGUUCCACCUCAAGAAAUCUUAACACGUGAUUCAGUUACUGUUUCAGUUGAUGCUGUUGUUUAUAGUCGUGUUGUUAAUCUAGCUACCAAUGUCACAAAUGCUAAAGACACACAAUCUGCCACACAAUUACUUGCACAAACAACACUAAGAAAUAUUCUUGGUACAAAAACAUUACAAGAAAUUCUUUGUGAUCAAGAACACAUUGCACAAAGUAUGCGAGGUCAUUUGGACGAAGGAACUGAACGAUGGGGCGUCAAAGUUGAACGUGUUGAAAUUAAGGAUGUUCGUUUACCACAGUCCAUGCAACGAUCGAUGGCUGCAGAAGCUGAAGCAAGUCGUGAAGCACGUGCUAAAGUCAUUGCUGCUGAAGGUGAACAAAAAGCAUCAAGACAACUAAAAGAAGCUGCAGAUGUUAUUGCUCAAUCGCCUAUCGCUCUACAACUACGCUAUCUACAAACAUUAACACAAAUUUCAGCUGAGAACAAUUCAACAAUCAUUUUUCCAAUACCUAUUGAAUUACUUAACUUAGCAAAACGAUAA